CAGGAUGUCGGAGGCAGACGCCGGCGCGAGGGAUGAAUCACCAUCAAGGACAGCGGAAGAGCCGGCUGCUGCAAUGAGAAUCAAAGAAGAACGGAGAAGUUCUUCGGUAGACGUAGUCGACGUAGGAAACGGCGAAUUAUUAGUGCUUCACUCGAUUUUUUAUCAAGGAAAGACGCUUCGUCUGCCGGGUAAUAGAGCUCACAUGUAUCCCGUUGUCUUUCAAAUGAUUAAAGGCGUGUGCUCCCUAGUUAAACAAUUGGUGGUCGCUUUCCCGAAGGGCUGGGACCAAAAUACUCCGUCAAUUAGUGAAAUUGCGGCUCUGACGAAGAGUUUUAAUCGUGUCGCCAAGCCAUUUGCUUCGAAUUGGAGCGGGUCGUACAACACAGAUACGCUGAAAGAGUGGGGAGAGCCAAAUUGCUCGGCAGAAGUGGCAAAAGCCAUCACAACGUACGCCUACGAGUGUGCAGUUCCACGGCCAGCAGAUCUCAAUCAACAUUACAAAAGUUUCACGUCCGAGACUUAUGGAGAAACAAAUCCCGAACAAUUGAUCAGCAUAAUCGAUGAGCUCAACAUUGGACCACAGGACGUUUUCGUUGAUUUAGGCAGUGGAAUCGGUCAGCUCGUAUGCCUGACGGCUGCCUACGCGAAAUGCAAAAAAUCCGUUGGAAUUGAGCUUUCGCAAGUUCCUUCGAAUUUUGCACAAGAUCUUGCCGGUUAUUUUAAAAAAUUUAUGAGCCAUUUUGGAAAAAAUCACGGAAAAUUCGAGCAUAUUCAAGGCGAUUUUUUGAAUCCGAAAUUCAAACAACUAAUUUGUGAGGAGGCUACCGUCAUUUUCAUCAACAAUUUCGCGUUUGACGCCGCGCUGAUGCUCCGAAUUAAUACUGAGCUGCUCCAGGACUUGAAGCACGGCACUCGAAUUGUUACGACGAAAGAGCUUGGAACCAAUAAAAAGGAGAUUACAUUCCGCUCAACAAGUGACAUCAACGCAAUCAGCCACACAACUGAGCUAAAAACCACCGAAUCCGCAGUCUCCUGGACUUCAAGCCAUGUGAAAUUCUGGCUCACAACUAUCGAUCACACAAAACUUAUAAAGUACUACGAAGACCAACGAAGACGGCAGGAAGUGAAGAGCUCACGUGAAGGAUCAGAGAUCAGCGACGGACGAGAUAUGGGCUUGAAAAAGCGAAAAAGCCAACGCGAGAGCAGUGUUCAUCCGGAUAAAUUACAAAAGACUGAGCAAGCCGCCGCUUCGUCUCAUCAAUCGCCGAAAUGGAAUGAGCCUGAUACGGACUACACGCCGCCGGCCAAGAAGCCUAAGAAGGAGAAGCUGCUCCGCGAGCAGCAAGAUGCCACGCCGGCUUCAUCUCAUCAUCAUGGUGCAUCGUCAAGUUCAGGAAAGGAUCGGGAGAAGGAAAAGGAGAAGAAAAAGAAUAAAAUCUAUGAAGAAAAGAAGGUUAAGACGCCGAAACCGCCAAAAAGUUCAAGUUCACGCUACUCAUCGGAAACUCCUACCUCUCACCACCACCAUCACCGCUCUAACUCGAUAUCCCACUCUUCUGACGUCAUCCGUCCGUCCCAGCCAAAAGCCACAGCUCCACCACCUCCACUGGUUCCGGCUCCGGCUCGAGCCACAGCUUCUACACCACCACCAGCACCACCAGCAGCUCGAGCUCAGAGCCCGAAACGUGAAGAGCCCCUGGAGCCGCCGACUGACCUUAUUCAUCAUGGAGGAGGACAGCUUGAUGCGAAAACUAUGAAUGCGCUGCACACGAUUCGCGAAGCGGCGACAACAUCGGCACAGGCGGCUGCUAUUCAGGAUGCGAUCAACUCGGUUCUGAGCCAACCAACAGAAGCAUCUCCAUCGGCAUUUGGCCCUCCACUGGCACAUCUUCCGGCUCCCGUAGCGAUCUACCCGACCCCGCCACCACCACCAGCUCCGGCUCCAGCAGCUCCACAGCAGGCUUCAGCUGCUCCAGCAGCACCAAAUGUGAUGCCUGUGUGCACAGAGAUUGCCGCCGAGCAACGCCACACAUUUAUGAUACCACCAACUGAUCCAUUCUACAAUAUGAUCGUCUCCUACUAUUUUGCGAUGAAACAAUUCUGUAAUCAAUCGAAAACCGCCGACCCGGAAUUUGUCGGCCGCCUCCGUCUCGACAUUGAAGCCGAAGAAGCUCGCAGAGCUGAGCUCAAAGAGUCGAUUACACUGACGUCUACACAGAUUGAUGAGCUUCUUGCGACGGGAGUUAAUACUCUGAAGAGCCGGCUCGACGAGCUCGGAAUGCCAAGUGUUACGGAUGUGACGGAGCUGCUCGCCGGCUCGAAACAGAUUGUAACUCAGCACAAAGGCCUCACGAAUACGGUUGCUCAGAUGGAGAAUUCGGUGGCCGUGGAAGAGCAGAAGCUUCGAUUGAUUGGUGGUCCAGAUGCUGUUCGGUAUUUUGAUGAAGCGAUGUCACAUCCAAAUGUGGAUAUUGCAAAGCUCACUGACUUGGUCAUUACAACUCGGCCCCCGAAUUUUGUCGCUCAAAUUCUUCUUCCCGAUGACUCACCGACAGCGUCUAUCGAUUCGAAAGUUUCACCGUCUUCUUCUUCUUCCCGCCGUCCACGUCAGCCAAAGCCACGUGCUAAUAAUACUGCAGCUGGGGCUGGUGGUGGUGGAAAACGUGGCACCUCUGGUGGCCGUAAAUCCGACGGUGGUGGUGGUGGUGGAGCCACUGAAGACGUCGAGCUCGAGAUUCGGCAAUUCGUGCAGCACGCGCUGAAAGUCGAUAAUGCGGUGAAAGAGAAGGAGAGAAAGGCUCGUGGGAAUUUCAUGGCGGCAGCCGCCGACCGAAUACCCCGUUAGAAAAGGGAGCGCCUUCUUCAUCGCCCAUCCGCCCGUCCAGAACAAAAUAAUUAUCAAAAAUAAUGUUUUUUUCCCGAUCGCUUUUUUUUCAAUUCUAGCCCACCCACCCACGCAUUUUUUGCAAUUUUUUAAAUACUUCCUACCCGAACAACCGUGCCUUUAUCUCUGAAAAUCUCCUCACUUUAUAUGUUUUGAUUUUUCUCGAAAAAUUCUUUCAAUUCAAUUCUGACGUGGUGUCAGAGUGUCUCAUUUCGGCUUGAUCUACGUUGAUCUACAAAAAAAAGUGCGGGGAAAUGGAGGCAGAGUUCUCAACUCAUUUUGCAACAAAAAAAAUUCCCGCAUUUUUUGUAGAUCAAACCGUAAUGGGACAGCCUCUGGCACCACGUGUAUUCUAUUCUAUGAUCUUUUGAGCUAUUCACACCAAUUUACACAUACAAUUUUCGAAUUUUGCAUCUGAACUCCCUUACCUCAUUGAAUAUAAAAAUUAUUUAACUUUUU